AUGCUGGAGACGGUGCGAAUCAGAAGAGCUGGCUACAGUGUGCGAAUAGAGUGGGACGCUUUUAUCCAACAGUAUCGUGUACUUCUUCCCAAUGGUCUCAACAGUACGAGAGAUGACGUGAAGAAGUUUCUCAGUACGCAUCCUUCCAUCGCUCCUGAUAACGUUCAGUAUGGUGUGAGCAAGAUCUACAUGAGGGACGCUGACAAGCUGAUCCUCGACGACCAUCUUCACAGGGUGAUCAUGCAGCAUAUCGAUACGUUACAACGUUGGUUCCGCACGAUCAUAGCCAGGAAACGCUAUCUGCGACUGAAACAGGGCCUAGUGAAGAUCCAGGUGUGUUGGCGAGAAAUCACUUACGACGGCAAGCCUAUGCUGCCCUUGUCAUCCAAAGCAACUGGAAACGGGUAUCGCGAAGAGCAUCGAUAUCGACUGUUGCGUGAGGCCGUCAUUGCGCUUCAAUCCGCGUUCAGGGGCCGUGAGGCUAGAAAGAGGAAUUGGACUAUCUCGCAACGAGGCGGAUCCGGCGAUGAGGAUGACGGUGAAUCGACUCAAGAUGGCUUGGACGAGGAUGUCUCUGAGAGCAGCGUGCUGGGUGAUAUAGAUGAUGAGGCGAUCGAACUGGACGCUAACGUUUAUCCUCGGGCGGCACGAAAUGAACUUAUUGGAAGAUUCCUGUGA